UUUAAAGAGGGGGGCUCUCUGACAGUCUACACCUUCCACAGCCACACUCACCUGCAGCCAGCCUCCUCCAGCAGAAAUAUCACCAUGGCAUUCAAUGGCAAGUACGAGAUCGAGAGCCAGGAGAACUACGAUGAAUUCCUCAAGAAGAUCGGUAUCCCAGAUGAUGUCAUUGAGAGAGGGAGGAAUUUCAAGAUUGUUACAGAAGUGAUCCAGAAUGGGAACGAGUUCACCUGGUCCCAGAUUUACCCCCAGAAGACCAUGACAAAUAAGUUUGUGAUUGACCAGGAAUCCGAAAUGGAAAGCAUGUCAGGCAAGAAAUUCAAGGCCACUGUGACCCUGGAGGAUGGAAAGGUGACAGUGCGAUUCCCGAACUACCACCACACAGCAGAGAUCUCAGGAGGCAAGCUCGUCGAGUGCUCUACAGCUGGUGGCGUCACAAUGAAGAGAACCAGCAAGAGAAUUUAAAGACACACUUUAGUAUAAGAAAGCAGGUGUAAAACAAAAAUCAUCC